AUGCCUACGCGGAGGCGGCGGUUCGCAGUAUCGGUCGCCGGGCUCGGUGCUCGCCGUAUGGUUAAUUAUCUGUUUUUCUACUAUCGAACAAAAGUUUUAAGAAUUCGAGAUCACGGCUCGUGGGCCCGUAAUCACUGGCCCAACCGACGGGAUCCGCAAGGCCCUGGCCUUCUAGCGAGCCUCAACCUCGUCCUGGUGGGCCGCUGCCCGUCCAAGGCUCCAAGCUCCAAGCUCCAAGCCACCAUGGACGAUCGACAUCAUUAG